GUCAAAAGCAAGAACCUCGCUGCAGUCUGGGACUUUAACUCAUUGCCGUGAUUUAUUUCCUACGCAGACUUCGUCGUGUGUUCAAUCAAGAAAGCACGCACGUCGUCUUGCAUUAUUGACCUCCCAAAACAUUCCAAACUUGAGAGCGAAACUUAUUCAGUCGCCUUCAUUUUCG